CGGAAUACAAGGGAAUAAUGCUGAAAUGUUCUUUGUAGAUAGUACAACUGGUGUCAUUUACGUCAGUGAUAGUGACAACUUAGACAGAGAAAGCUCUAAUGAUGAUCAGUAUAGGUUUAUAGGAGCAGCCAGUGAUGGUGGAGGAAGAACAUCUACAACCGAGAUAACGGUGAAUGUAGGAGAUAUCAAUGAUAAUGGUCUGAAUUUUUAAGAGAUUUGUAUGAAGGAUUUGUUGAAGAAGAAAAGAUAGAAACAGAUAUUGUGACUGUGUCGGCCAAUGAUAAGGACAUUGACGAAAAUGCUGAGAUAGUAUACAGUAUAGUUGAUGUGGAACCACAAAGUAUGAGCUUCUUUGUAAAUUCAUCCACUGGUGUGAUUGGAUUGAUUGAUACAUUGGACUACGAUACAAUGGAUGAGAAGUAUGAGGGGAGAUAUAUGCUAACAGUAAUGGCGCAGGAUGGUGGUAACCCACCUCUUAACAGUACAACAGAAGUUAGUAUUGGAGUGGAGGGCAUAAAUGACAACCAGCCUGUGUUCAGUGAACCACUCUAUACUGCAAGUAUCUCAGAACUAGCCAGUGAUAUGGAUUACGUAGUUACUGUAUUCGCUAGUGACCUUGAUGCAUCAUGGGAAGAAAGUCCAUUUAAACAUCAUAGUAUCAUAGAUUAUAGGAUUGUUAGCGGUUCUGGCGAUAAAUUCAGUUUGAUUCCAACAUCUGGUCCGUACACCAAUGUGACAGUUGCUCCAGGUGUUGCAAACCUAGACCCAGAACAAACUGGUCGUGAUUUUUAUGACAUGGUGUUAUCAGCAACUGACCGUGGUAACAACCCAUUGUAUAACGAGACCUCAGUGCAAGUAAAAAUUAUUGAUAUCAACAAUAAACCACCAGUUUUUGAUUUAGAAGAAGUUGUUGAAUCACUUUUAGAAGAUGUUGAUAUAGGAACUGAAGUUACAACGAUGUCGGCGACAGAUCCAGAUGAGAAUGCUGAUCUUUUUUACAACAUUACUAAUAUUGGGGCGAUCAAUGAACGAGGUGAAGAUGUAUCUUAUGAUGAGCAUGGUGAUAAUCUAUAUAUCAAUCAGUUCAGAAUUAAUGAGACUACUGGUACUGUUUAUGUAAAUGAAUUACUAGACAGGGAAAAAGCUGAAGUCUUCCAUUUAGACAUUAUGGUUACCGAUCUUAAUGCUGUGGAGAAUAUUGAGACUCAAUUUGAUGAAGCAACAUUAGAAGUACGCGUGGAGGAUGUGAAUGACAAUGAACCUCAUUUUCAAAAUAUGGAUGGUGAGAAUUACUACUAUGGAACAUUGCAGGAGGAGAAUAUUGACGUUGUCUAUCCAGAUGUAACAGCUGAAGAUCCAGAUAAAGGAACCAAUGGCGAUGUAGAGUAUUACAUUGUUGAGAACAGUACUGGACACUUGACAAUUGACAAAGAAACAGGGGAUAUUACUCUCAACUAUGAAGUUGAUCGUGAAGAAUAUGAGUGGUUGAACAUUACAGUAGGAGCGAUGGAUAAGGGAAAUCCUCCUUUGAAUUCAACAGCUGCAGUGUAUUUCCAAAUUACUGAUAUCAACGACAAUGCACCAGUGUUCACCAACCUUGAAAAUGAAACUGAAGUGCUGGAAAAUGCUACCAUUGGAACACCGAUUUUUACUGUAUCCGCUACAGACGAUGAUAUUGGAAACAAUGCUUUCAUUGUAUAUAGUAUAACAGCUGGUGAUGAAGACAAAAUGUUUUACAUUAACAUGUAUACUGGAGUUGUAUAUGUAAAUAAAUCCUUAGACAGAGAAACCACUGAUAAAUACCUACUGAGUAUCACGGCUUCAGACAAUCCUGGUGGAUCAUCUCACUUACAAUCAACUGAUACUCUGACAGUUACAAUACUGGAUGUAAACGACGAAGCUCCAGAAUUCACAGAUGACUCUUAUAAGGCUUCUGUCAGGGAAGAUGAAAUAAAAGGUCAUAGUAUCAUUACUGUCAUUGCUAUCGAUAAUGACCUGGGUGACGGUGGAGAAGUGGUAUAUAGUUUCAAUGAUGACAAACGAAACGAUACUUAUAAUAAUGAUGAUUGGUUGUUCGGUAUCACUGUAGAUGGAACAGUUAGAAUUGCUGCUGACUCACUUCUCAACCAACAAGGAGUUUAUGUUCUUGAGGUGAUUGCCAGUGACCUUGGAACACCAAGUUUAUCUUCUCCUGCUAACCUGACAAUAGAAGUGACUGAUGUCAAUAACAACCCACCAGUAUUUGUAAAAAUUUAUAUUGGUGAUGGAACUGUUAUUGAUCUUUCGCAAGUGAAUGAGACAACAGUGCACCUACCAGAGAAUCACACAGGUUAUGUUUGCACGGUGCUUGCAGAAGAUUAUGACGAUGACUUUGGAGUUAUCACUUACAGUUUUCGUGAAAAUGCAGCCGAUCCUUACGAGUCCUGGACACGCUUUACAAUAAACGACAAAGACCCUGCAAAUAUUACUAUAACGGAAUAUACUGAUCGUGAGAGAAUUGCUGAAUACUCAUUACUUAUUGUUGCAACUGAUAAUGGUGAUCCGAUUCAACUGUCAUCAGAAUUAGGUCUACAGAUUGUCAUAGAUGACGCCAAUGACAACCCACCAGUGUUUGAAAGAGAUGAGGAAGGGUGUCCUAUACCAGAUAUUAUAGAACCAGUAGAACAUAAUCACUCUAUCAUAACAGAGCCGAUUGGCACCAUGGAACCUGCCACUGAUGCUGAUAUUGGCGAAAAUGCUGUCAACUAUUAUUUCAUUAUUGCUAUUAGACCAGGUAGUUCCAAUGAGGCCAAGUGGACACCAGGUAGUUCCAAUGGGGCCAAGUGGACACCAGGUAGUUCCAAUGGGGCCAGGUGGACACCAGGUAGUUCCAAUGGGUCCAGGUGGACAGGAGAUAGUUCAAUGGGGCCAAGUGUACAGCAUGUAGUUCCAAUAGGACCAAGUGGACAGCAGGUAGUUCCAAUGGGGGCAAGUGGACACCAGGUAGUCCCAAUGGGGCCAAGUGGACAACAGUUAGUUCCAAUAGGGCCAAGUGGACAGCAGGUAGUUCCAAUGGGGCCAAGUGGACACCAGAUAGUUCCAAUGGGGCCAGGUGGACACCAGGUAGUUCCAAUGGGUCCAGGUGGACAGGAGAUAGUUCAAUGGGGCCAAGUGUACAGCAUGUAG